AUGAGCCCUGCGCGCUUCCACUGCGCCACGACGCUAUUUAUUUAUGUUACAAAACCUCCUAAAUUAAUAUGUACUAAGAAAUUCAUAUUGAACCAUCUGAAACGUGCAGAUAUACCACAAGCAUACUGGGCCGAUAUUUUAUAA